AUGUCUCCCAAACUCUUGGUAGUUCUCGGUGCCACGGGCACUCAGGGCGGAUCCAUUAUCAAUACUUUUCAAAAUGAUCCGGAAUGGACAAUUCGCGGCAUCACCCGCAACGUAAACAGUUCGAAAGCUGAGAUUCUCAAAUCCAAAGGAGUCAAAGUAAUAUCGGCCAACCUCGAUGAUCCAUCGUCCUUGAUGACGGCUUUCAAAGGCGCAUAUGCUAUCUUCAGCGUGACGGACUUCUGGGCAGCAUAUAAGGAUCCAGCAAAUCAAACGAAGCGGGCCCCAGGUCAAGCAAUGAACGUUUGGUCAUAUGAACACGAGCUCGAACAAGGUAAGAAUGUAUUCGAUGCGGCAGCCAAAACCGACGGUCUCCAGAGAAUGAUCUUUUCGAGUCUUUCGUACGCGAAGAAAUGGUCCGGUGGCAAGUACAGCCACGUCUACCAUCUCGACAGUAAGGCAGAAGCAGUUGAGUAUGGCCGUUUGAAGUAUCCAGAACUGUGGAAAAAGACUAGUAUCAUUCAAAUCGGAUACUAUCUGUCGAAUAUCUGGACCUUCUCAUUUUUGAAGCCCACCAAGGAUGAAAACGGAGUGUACGUCUUUGCCAGUAAAAUGCGGCCAGACGUGAAACUCCCUUUGAUCGCGGCGGAGGAAGAUACUGGCCCACUUACCAAAGCUCUUCUCGCAACGGAACCCGGCAAGAAUCUCAUUGCAUACCGCGAGUGGAUGACGUUGGAUGAAUUUUAUCACGUCUGGUCAGAGACGUUAGGAGUCCGAGCAAAGACUGUCGCUCUCCCCGCCGAUGAUCCAUGGGAAGCGGUACCAGAAGAACUGAGGGAGGAGUUAUCGGAUACAAUGUUGUAUGCUGUCGAAUUUGGUUAUGAAGCGAGAGAUGAUUCUUCUGUUAUUCACCCCAAAGACCUCGACGUUCAAGUGCAGCUGGGUACUGUUCAGGAGUGGAUCAAGAAACAAGAUUGGGGUCCAGUCCUGCGGGACUAA